AUGGUGGCGCGGCGGUCCCUGGCGCGCAGUCCGGGGAGCUGGCUGGUCCCGGGGCUGUGGCUGCUGGCGCUCGGCGGUCCCGGGGGGCUGCUCAGCGCCCAGGAGCAGCCCAGCUGCAGAGGCGCCUUUGAUCUCUACUUUGUCCUGGACAAGUCUUGGAGUGUGGCCAAUAACUGGCUUGAAAUUUACGAUUUUGUCAAGCAACUGACAGAACGAUUUGUGAGCCCUCAGAUGAGAGUAUCUUUCAUUGUGUUUUCUUCUCAAGCAACCAUUAUUUUGCCAUUAACUGGAGACAGAGGCAAAAUCAAUCAAGGCUUGAAGGACUUAAAAGCUGUCACUCCAGUAGGAGAGACAUUCAUCCAUGAAGGAAUAAAAAAAGCAAAUGAACAAAUUGAGAAAGCAGGGGGCUUAAAAACCUCCAGUAUCAUAAUUGCUCUGACAGAUGGCAAGUUGGAAGGUCUGGUGCCAUCAUAUGCAGAGAAAGAGGCAAAAUUAGCCAGGUCAUUUGGGGCUAGAGUUUAUUGUGUUGGUGUCCUUGACUUUGUACCAGCUCAGCUCGAAAGAAUUGCUGAUUCCAAGGAACAAGUUUUUCCUGUCAAAGGUGGAUUUCAUGCUCUUAAAGGAAUAAUUAAUUCUAUACUAGCUCGGUCAUGCACUGAAAUCCUGGAAUUGCAUCCCUCAAGUGUAUGUGUGGGGGAGGAAUUUCAAAUCGUUUUGAAUGGAAGAGGAUUCAACUUGGGCAGCCGCAAUGGCAGUGUUCUCUGUACUUACACAGUGAAUGACACCUACACCAAGAGUGUAAAGCCAAUGAGUGUGGAGGGUAAUUCUGUGCUUUGUCCUGCACCUAGCCUGAAUAAAGUUGGAGAAACUCUUGAUGUUUCAGUGAGCUUUAACGGAGGAAAAUCUGUCAUCUCGAGCUCAUUAGUAGUCACAGCCACAGAAUGUUCUAAUGGGAUUGCAGCCAUCAUUGCCAUUUUGGUGUUACUGCUGCUCGUGGGCAUCGGUUUGAUGUGGUGGUUUUGGCCCCUUUGCUGCAAAGUGGUUAUCAAGGAUCCUCCUCCACCACCACCCCCUGCACCAGUAGAGGAGGAAGAGGAUCCUCUGCCAAACAAGAAAUGGCCAACGGUGGAUGCUUCCUAUUAUGGCGGCCGAGGGGUUGGAGGAAUUAAAAGAAUGGAGGUUCGCUGGGGUGAUAAAGGAUCUACUGAGGAAGGUGCAAGGCUCGAGAAAGCCAAAAAUGCUGUGGUGACAAUCCCUGAAGAACCAGAGGAACCCAUCAGGCCCAGGCCACCUCGACCCAGACCCUCGUACCAGCCUCCUCAGACAAAGUGGUACACCCCGAUUAAGGGUCGGCUGGACGCGCUCUGGGCUUUGCUGCGGCGGCAGUAUGACCGGGUGUCCUUGAUGCGACCUCAGGAAGGAGAUGAGGGCCGAUGCAUAAACUUCUCCCGAGUUUCGUCUCAGUAA